GGAUAUCAGACUAAAGAAAACGAACAGAAAGGAAACAAAUUUCAAAUUCAAACGCCUUCCCUUAUCUAUAGAUUCAUCAUCCUUUGUGCUUCAAAUUCGUUUGAGAAAUCCUCUCUUGAGAAAUUUGUGAUAAUUAUGGAGACCAAGUCGUUGAUGAGUCAGGGACGAAAAGCUGUUCGGGUGGUGGCUAGGGUUAAGCCAACAGCAGAUCCGUUGGUUUUACAAUCGUCAGCAGCAGCGACAUCAAUAUCAAUUCACAAGCCCAACGGAUACGAAUCUGAGUCUGUUUCGAUUUCGUUCGGUGCUCAAUUCGCUGGUUCGAAAGACUCUUAUAAGUUGGACUACUGCUAUGAAGAAAACGAAACCACAAGUUUAAUUCUCACCAAGGAGAUUAAGCCUCUUAUCUCUACUGUCUUUGAGGGUAAAGACGCUAAUGUAAUUGCACAUGGAGCAAGAUGUAGCGGUAAAACACAUCUUAUUCAGGGGUCUGAGAAGGAGCCUGGAUUAGCUGUCCUUACAAUGGCUGAGAUGUUAUCCAUGGCUGAGGAAAAGGGAUACGCGAUUUCAGUAUCGGUUUAUGAGGUCUCUCAUGAAACUGUUUAUGACAUUUCAGACCAAGAAAAGAGAGUGGUCUCUGUGCUAGAGGGUGCACAAGGAAAGAUUCAACUAAAGGGACUUUCCAAGGUACCUGUGAAGUCACUCUUAGAGUUCAAGGAACUAUAUUUCGGUCUCAAGAAAACUCAGAAACUGACUGGUGACUCUCCUCUUCGGAGCCAUAGAGGUGUGAUGAUACAUGUAACUACUGGUAGCAACGUCAAUUCUGGAUCCCUUGGGAGGAUGAAUUUUCUUGAUAUGGCAGGAUAUGAGGACUCUAGGAAACAAAACACAGAUCCUCUAGAGGUUACAAGAAUCAACAAGUCGAUAUAUGCUUUACAGAACGUCAUGUAUGCUCUCAACGCAAAUGAAUCUCACGUGCCAUAUCGAGAGAGCAAACUCACUCGCAUGCUGAAAGACUGUUUAAAAGGAUCCAACAAAACAUUGCUGAUCACUUGUUUGCCUCGGGAGUUUAGCCAAGACUCGUUUUAUAUGCUGAACUUAGCUUCACGUAUCUGCCUAGGCAGUAACCGAGCCAUGGCUAGUGUAACUAAGAAGAGCAAUGGUCCUACCAGACCUAUUUCAUCAUCCUCUGUCGUUCAGAGGAGACAAACACCUUUGACUGUGUCUGCUCCUUCUAAAAAACGGACUGAGCUAAGGGGUAAUAUGACUGAGAGAAAGAUAAAGAUCAACAGUUCCGCUUCUGCAAUUAAAGGAAGGAAACUGUUCGGAGAAGCAAAUGGUUCGGUGAAAUCUAAAAACAACUAUAAGAAGAUGGAAGGCAAAGAAAGGGUGGCAGUGAAAAAGGAAAUCUCCACUUCAAAGGUUGCAGUGAAAGUUCAGGCGUCCACAUCUGAAGAAGAAGUCUGCUCUUCAUUUGUGGUCACAGAUUUUCAAUCUUCUUCGGUAGUGGAGGAAAAUUCUGUCCUAGCUCUCUCAGGUUCCAGUAAUCCUCAGGAGAUACCUUGUAAUCAUGAAGAAGUGUUUUCAGAAGCUGUUGACGAUGUUGCACGCAAAGCCGAAAUUGUAGAGAAAGAUGAGAAACGUUCAGAUAUUGAAGAAGGUCUGACUCUAUUUAACGAAGGUGAAAACUUGGACAAAGAAAACACCAAUUUGCUAGCCAAUGAAACUGCGUCACCACCGCUCAGCUUGCGGCUUCAAGAGCUAUCCAACAAAUUGAAGUCGAUAUGCAAUACCUCAAAUCAACCAUCGACACCUGAGAAGUACCAAACUGCACUGACUAAAUUUCCUGAACAAGUACCAGAGCAUAGCGACAUUACUGCUGAUGUUGAGCUAAGGACACCAGAGAGACGUAUGCCUUUAAAUGUUGGUUGUAGUCCUUGGAAGACAUUCAGUGCGCAUAGCUCUAAACUGAAGAAUUCUGCGGUUGAAGAGUAUCUCAAGUUCUUGAACACUGCAGAUAAGGAAGAUUUAAAGAAGCUAAAGGGUAUUGGAGAGAAGAGAGCAACUUACAUAGUUGAGCUCCGCGAAGAAUCACCUGAACCAUUUAAGAAACUUGAUGACUUGAAAGAUAUUGGACUCUCAGAAAAACAGAUUAAGGGAUUACUAAGGAAAGAGAUUGGAGAUAUUUUCAAUUAGCUCAAGAAACGCUCUCUUUCUCUUAUGGUCACAGCAAAUGGGUUGAAAUAUCUAUGAAGGUUUUGUGAAGCAACACACCAAGUUGCUCUACUAAAACUUGGAAGAAUCUAUUUAUAGUCAAUGAAUACUAAGUUAAGGUGUUGAGUGUGUAGCAUAUUUUUUUUUAAUCAAACUAAGUCGUGACCUUCUCCUGUCGGAUGGUUUCUAUAUGUUUC